UAAUCACCAUCCACUUCUUCACCAGGUCUUGUCAACGCUGAGACUUGCCGGAUGGGAGCUCCAGCCUUCGUGUCCUUCCCUCAUUUCCUCCACGCUGAUCCUUCCCUUCUGGACGCUUUUGAAGGUGUCUCCCCCCCCGACCCGGACAAACAUAGCUUCGUUCUCGACAUGAUUCCCGAGGUUGGCAUCCCCAUAAAGGUGAUGGCCAGGAUGCAGAUCAACAUGCUGGUCAGACCUUACGAGAAGAUCAAAAUCCUGAAGAACGUGAAGGAGGCGUAUCUGCCGCUGCUGUGGUUCGAGGAGGAGGCAGUGAUCCCUGACUACAUGGCGCGGCAGCUUCAAGUGCUCCUCGUCAUCAUGAACACGCCCACUGUUUACAUCGUCCUGGGCGUCAUACUGGUGCUGGGAGUCAUCGGGGCUACCUUGGUCACCACUCGCCACUACAAGAAAGCCAAAAGAGACCGAGAAAGAGCAUCAAAGUCCUAGGAGAGAGACGCGAGGCCCAGGAGAAGACAGGGAGUGAGAUGCAGAGAUGGACUUGUGAUGGUGUGGGAAGGAAAGACUAUAUACAUUUAAUUAAUACGAGAAGUGAGACUUUGUGAACUUAACCCCUUCAGUGCCAUGACGCGUUUUCAUAUUCAUUCUGCUUACUAUUUGGUGAUUUUCUGCAGAAACCUAUGUGGGGAUUAAAAUAAUGAAGACUGGCCACUAAUCUGACCUCCAUAGAUCCUUCCUAAUGUAAAUAAAACCGUUUAAUCAUACCCAAAAUCAUGGUAAAAAUGCGUCCCAGUACUGAAGAGGUUAAGAGAGAGGAACAAGACAUAAUGCAAUGGAUAGGAACAGAAGAUGUAGAUCUUAUGAGAGAAAGAGAACAUCGAGGAGGAGACUGAUUGAGGCACACUUUCACUACUUUCAAAAGGUUCUAUAAUUGAAGAUGUAUUGUAUUUUUUUACGUUUCUAGCGACAAAUUAACAAGGUUUCUAUAUCAUUAAAAGGAAAAACAGUCUAGAGAACCCACAUAAACAUCUUUGUGGUCUUUGAAAAUAGUUGUGGUAAUAGAACAAAGUGUUUCUAAAUACGGGCCAUUGUCCAAUGUUUUUGUUUACUGGGCCAACACUGAUCCUCCACCGCCAGGCCUCACUUUGUCUCCUUAUCUCUGUUUGUUCUAUGUGUUGCCAGGAGCUCCUCGCCUGAGCCCAAAGAUAGUGGUACUGCUCUGAACUCUC